AUGCCCUCCGCCGCGUUCACAAAGGCUGCAGAUGACAGCAAGAAGCUACUUGCCAAGCCCUCUAAUGAAGAGCUACUGGAGCUUUACUCCCUUUUCAAGGUCGCCAAUGGCGAGGACAUCUCCAAGGCCACUGCCCCAGGCAUGUUCGACUUGAAGGGCAAAGCCAAAUACAAGGCAUGGCAAAAGGAAGUCGAUGCCGGCACCUCUGCUGCCGAUGCGGAGACACGCUAUGUUGCUCUCGUCGAGAAGCUCAAGGGAGCAUACGGCUACGAUGCGAACAAGAAGCCGGAGGCUGUUGGAGCAAGCUAG